GCUGACUGCAUUCAUCAUCUGCAGCAUCACUUUGUCUUUGGUUCUGCCUCUCUGUCCGUCAUCUGCUGACCUGUCACCAUCUCACCGUCAUCCAGCCGAGUCAGAGGAGAAGUUUAACAAACAGCAUGGAGAUGUCCAGGUUCUUCAUCAGCAAGACGGUUGUGACGGAGUGGAUUACAGAGCUCGGUGCAGAGAACAGCAGAACUAAACUACCAAGCUUCACUGGACUUUCUGCUCUUCAGCUCCUCUGAACAAGCCUCCUGCUCCUCCUGCUGGUGUCCAGGGAAAUAUGAGUCUCCUUCUCCCGACUCUUCUCUUCCUCCUUCUUGCCAUUUAUUCCCCCCAGUCCCUCCUUCCAUCAGUCGAAGGCUCGCGGUCGUGUCCUCAUCAGUGUCUUUGCUACGAGCAAGCAGAGCUGGUGGACUGUCGUGACCGAGGGUUCAGACAUGUUCCUCGAAGCCUCCCACACGGGACCUGGCUGCUGGAACUGGGUGGAAACAACCUGAGUGUGAUCGGUACCCGGGCCUUCGUCGGCCUGUGGUCCCUGCGGGUGCUGGUGCUGACCAACAACCAGAUAGAAGAACUUGAACCACAGGCUUUUUUCUCUUUGUCCUUCCUGGAGAAGAUGAUUCUCAGCUGGAACAAGUUAACAACUCUCCCUGUGGACUUUUCUACGAGUCUUUCUGCUCUUAAAGAGCUGCGACUGGAACACAACAACCUACAUUAUAUAUCUGAAUUCAGCUUUGAGUAUCUGGACAACUUGGAGAAGUUGGACCUCAGUAAUAACCAGCUGACAUCUAUCGGCCCCGGUGUCCUCAGGGGCCUCUCCAGGCUCAGACAGCUCUAUCUGCAGAACAACAGGCUGACUGUGGUGCAGCAGGGCAGCCUGGAUAUGCUGCCUGGACUCGAGGUGCUCCAGCUGAGCAACAACAACAUCUCUCAGAUAGACCCCGAUGCUCUGGCUCCUCUCUACAGUCUGGUAGUUCUCAUUCUGGAGGGCAACAACCUGCAACACCUCAAGUUUAAGACCUUCAUCAGCCUUCAUACGACAGCGACACACAUCCAGCUUUCAGGUAACCCGUGGAGCUGUGACUGUGAUCUGCAUCGUGUCUUCAGUAAGAUUCUUCAUGUCCGGCACCUCCACAUCGACGACUACCGCAAUGUGACGUGCCAGAGCCCUCCUCAGCUGACCGGUGCUUCUCUGGUCUGGGUGGACAGCCAGCUCUGCAUCGCCGAGACCGCCACCGUGCUGGUCAUCACCGUGACCGUGGUGGUCACCGUGGUGGCGGCCGUGGUGAUGGCGGAGAGGAACAGGAAGAGGAACCAUGGGAAGAACUGGGACACUGAGUCUCAGACACAAACUCAGAGUCCUCCAUCCUGAGAGUGUGAAUAACAGGAGGAGACUUUAACAAUAUGGAGACUGAAGGCUGAACUAUCCAGUUCCUCUAGAGACUACAACAGCAUACAGUUCAAGAUGGCAGAUGACUCCUUAAAUGGACAAAUUAUCUUCUGGGUCCUUCCAGUUCCCAUCUGACCCCCUCACAAUUGAGCAUUUUUUAGAUUUAAAAUAACUUCAGUAUAUUUAAUGGAGUCUUGCAAAAUUUGACCUUAAUACUAUGAAUAUUUCCCUAGUUGUGGGCUCUGGAAGUACACAGCAAACACCAAAAACUCCACAUCAUUACAAACAUCCCCACUAUGAAGCACUGUGGUGGCAGCAUCAUGAUGUGGGGAUGCUUCUCGGCAGCAGGCCCCGAAAGACUUACAAAGGUAGAGGGCAAAAUGAAUGCAGCAAAGUACAGCACAUUUUAAUUCACAUGACUUUUUCCAACAUAAAUGCAUGACAUGGAUACAAUGGAUGCGGGUGUCGCAAUCUAAAGCCAAAAUCUAGUUUUUGCUCAACACGAUUCUGUCUAAAACCAACUUUGAGCAUCGAUAUCAUGGGAUAUAUCCAUAUUUUCAACAGCCACACUACACCAGUGGUACUCUGGAUGUUUGUAUGUGAUAAUUUACCUUUAAAUGGUGCAUUUUGGGUAAAUUUUCAAUGCGCAAAUCAGCAUGUGGGAAAUGCGGUUGGCCAAAACAAAUGAAAGAAAAUGAAAAUUCUUAUUUUUACCCACAUUAUGAUGCCAGGCUCAUCUUUAAGCCAUGAUUCCUUCUGUUUCAAAAUAAUUUUCUGAUGUUUCUAGUUAAAAAUUGCAACAUUUUGACCCACACCUGAGCACUUCGAGGGCCUGUAACUUGGAAAAUAUUCAUAAUAUGAAGGUACAGUUUUGCAUGACGUUAUUAGAGCUACAAAAGUUUUUUUAAAAAAUCAACUCAUUCUAAGGAGUUCAGGUGAAUGGCAAAGAUUGAUUUUUAACCAAAUGAGGCUUUUAAGUGUACUGUAAGUGUGGAUGCUAUUAAUAGUUUCUGCUGUAGUAAAUGGUGGCAACUGCAACCUGAUUUCAUGCCGUUAAAUUAAUCUGCUUUGAAAAAAUGUUGUUUUGAAGAUUAAAUUUUGAUGAAGGUUCACUAUCAGCACCAACCUUACUGACAAAUGUACUUUAUCCACUUAAUUUCCACAGUAAAAGCCACCCUGUGUUUCACCACAUACAUGCUUUUAUUGUGAAGUGGCAGCAGUAGCGUUUGAUUUGCAUUAGCAGUAACUUUAGACAGUAGUGAGGAAGAUAUCUGUUGAUUAAAAUUACAAGCAGUGAUGCUUCAUCACAUUUUGCAUUGUCUCUUGUCAGUCUUCUGUGCUUAGUUAGGCAAUUUCCAUCCGGUUUGAUAAUGGCAGACCCCAUUACUAAUUAUAAAAACUACUGUAUAAAGAAGGAAAUAAAGAGUUAAAUACAUUGAAA